AACGUUUGGAGGCUAAUGGAUGGAGUUAGAUCGGGCAAAAUUAGGUUUAAAUGCGUAAAUAUUACGAAAAGUUAAUCUUCUCAAACUUUAAUGCUACCUCAGAAAGUCAGAAUGCAAUCUUUUGGUACAGUUUUUAGAUAUGGCAUUUGGUAGCUGACACAACAGGACAGUCGGCUAGUUUUGCUAACUGUAAGUUAAAAAAAAAAAAUCAGGUUGCCUAGCAAUUAACUGGAAUGUUCUAUUAUUAAUAUGUUGCCCGCGUGCACCAAUUACCAAGUUUGCUAUGCUAGCUCAGCUAACUAGAUAGUUAAUUAAUGAAUUGUUUGUUUAUGCAGUAUGUUCAGAACACAACAUUUAUGCUGGGUACAUUUACAUUUUAAUGAGUUUAAAGUGACCUUAUCUGUAUUUGAAAGACAAAAGGAAAAAAAAAAAGAAGGAAGGAAAGAAAACAGUGCAGCGGAAUCCUCCUAAAACUAGCUGGCUAAAUAUGCUAAGCUAAGCUAAGCUAAACUAUGCUAAUCUAAUCUAAUCAUCCAUAAGGAAGAAGCGCUUCAGUCAGCUGAGCUUCAGAUGCUCGCGUUCAGCUGAUCAGUGAGACGGUAGCGUUAAUCCUGCUCCGAGAAGCUGGACGAAAUAUGGCUAAAAUUCAUAUUCAAGGAAACGGACUGCAGGCUAAAGAUGGAAAAAGUCUGCGGGGCACGACGGAGAGUUUAACCGGACAGGAAGGCGACUCUCUGGGCUCCGAGUUGGAGCUGAACGGCUUCAUCGAGACCCAAGCGGAUAAAUACGGCUUCACCGGCGGAUCCCAACAGAGCCCCAAGGACCUAGCCGAGGACAUCCCUCCUGAGGUGCUGAGACAAAGAGAGGUGAAGUGGCUGGAGAUGCUGAACAGCUGGGAUAAGUGGAUGAGCAAGAAACACAAGAAGGUAAAGCUGCGGUGUCAGAAGGGCAUUCCUCCAUCUUUGAGAGGUCGUGCCUGGCUCUAUCUGUCUGGAGGAAAGGUGAAAAGGGAGCAGAAUCCAGGCAAGUUCCAGGAACUGGACAGUGAAUGUGGAGAGCCAAAAUGGGUGGAUGUGAUCGAGAAGGAUCUCCAUCGUCAAUUUCCCUUUCACGAAAUGUUCGCUGCACGAGGAGGACACGGGCAGCAGGAUCUUUUCCGAGUGUUGAAGGCUUACACACUUUAUCGGCCGGAGGAGGGUUACUGCCAGGCUCAGGCUCCCAUCGCUGCUGUGCUGCUCAUGCAUAUGCCUGCUGAGGAUGCGUUUUGGAGUCUGGUGCAAAUCUGCGAGAAAUAUCUGCCUGGCUACUACAGUGCAGGCCUGGAGGCGAUCCAGCUGGACGGAGAGAUCCUGUUCUCUUUAUUGAAGCGCGUGUCUCCUGUGGCUCAUCGGCAUCUGAAGAAGUACAAGAUCGAUCCGGUGCUCUAUAUGACCGAGUGGUUCAUGUGUGCCUUCUCGCGCACGCUGCCGUGGGCUUCAGUGCUGCGCGUCUGGGACAUGUUCUUCUGCGAGGGUGUCCGAGUAAUUUUCCGUGUGGGCCUGGUGCUACUGAAGUGCAUGCUGGGAUCUCAAGAGAAGAUAAAGGCGUGUCAGGGUCAGUACGAGACGAUGGAGAGGCUCCGGGCUAUAGAGCCACGCUACAUGCAGGACGGCUUCCUCAUUAAAGAGAUUCUGGAAUUGCCGGUGUCCGAGCGAGACAUCGAGAAGGAGCAUCUCGCUCAACUGCGACGCUGGAAGGAGGCACACGGGGAACUACACUGUACCUCUCCUCCCAGAAUGCACGGAGCUCGCGCUAUAAUGGCCGCUGAGCCUCCCAGCCGACAGGACCUGCAACAGAAACCCACCAUCAUCGUGGAGCCGGCGCAGAUCAACAGCUCAGGAGGCGAUGAGAGAAAGAAGGAGGAGAAAAAGAAAAGAGAGGCAGAUAAAAAUAAGGACAAAGACUCUUCACUCCAUACAGCCAAUCAGGACCAGGUACUGCAGGACCAGGCUUUACCCAGCCAAUCACAGGUACUGCUAAAGGACACGAAUCUUCAGGCAUCCAAUCAGAGUCUGAGCAGUACAGAACAUGACACGUACCUGUAGAGUACCACACGAUGGUCGUCCCGAUUUGUCAGUGUUUACUUACUGCGUCUGAAGAUUCCUGGCCCAAACGGCCCUUUCUCAGGUUUCUGCAUCCGGUGUGAGUGGACUGCAGUUCCCAGAAUGCACUGGGUGCAAACGCUGGAGUUUUGUUUUCCUCUACAUCACAUCCAUGUGCUUCAUGAAGAAAUUUGUACGGGAGCUUUUUUUUUUUUUUUUAAUGUUUUAAUUCUUAAGGACCAAGAAUAUGUGAAAGCCAUGUUAUUUACCAUGUUUUCCAGAUUAUAAGGCACAAUGUUCAUGUUUGUUUAGUAGUAGUGAGACGGUACACUACCAUUAGAUUACUGCUAAGAUAAUAUUAAAAAUCCUGUUUCUUCGACAGCACUGACACAGUGGCUAUAAUCAGACACGCAAGCUAUGGAAGAAUUCUCACGUACAACAACACUAAUGAAAAAUUAACUCGUACACCAGCAGGAAGCACUGAAGCCUCAUUUUAGAGGUGAACGUUUAAGCUAGACGAUGCCAGCUGCAGUUAUUAAAGGUGCAGUUUGUACGUUUAUAGUGUUUCGAGACCUAAAAUAUUUGAGAGAGCAGCUAUGACUCGCGUGUAUCUUUUUCCAAAGCGGACUAAAAGGGAGAGUGACUUUAUAUUCUGGAAAACGUGGUGCAUUUAUAUAGAUAUGCACACAGAUUCGGAAACAUAAAAGGGCUGAAAUUUUCAUCAUCGGGUGCAUUUUUUUUUUUUUUUUUUUUUUAAAUAGCUUAAUGAUGUCAUCUGUUGAGCAAAAUGAUGCUAAUUGCUUUCCAGUAUAUUGGAAAAUCGCUGAGGUUUGAUGAACAGCAAACACGGCGUGCUUAAUGAGCUGUUUCUGCAUUAGGCACGUGUCGAUUUACGUUAUAUAAAGUAACAUGCGUUAUUGCAAACGAUUUAAAAAUCAGUCCAUUUGGGAGGAGACUAGGUAGCUAGCCUUUCUUUAUAUAUAAUAUUAUGUAAAAAAAUAUGAAGAAGGAAAAAGAAAAAACUCAUCCUAUUGUGAAGCUGUUUUUCUUAUCUUGUCCUGCUGAGAGGAUGCAUUCCCCUAAGACAGAGGACCAAAAUCGUGUCUUCGACUGAAGGAUCAUUUAUUGGUAUCUAUAUUACGUAAGGAAUAAGUCACUACAGGGCAUGCUGUUAUUGGAAAAUAAUCAACCUUGGGGUGAGAAUGCAGCCAUUGCGCCGUCUCAUGGUGUUCUAAGAAAAUAAAACAAUGUCCUGGAGUAUUUAAAUCUUCUUAGACCACAGGGGUUUGCCAAUGUCGACACUAACAACUUUGUUUAUUAAGCAACAAUACGUCAUACUUUUUUUUUUACAUUUACUUUUAAUGUUGCAGAGAUGAGAGGACCUAAAUUUGGCGUUUGACGAAUCUGCGCGUAAUUUUGGUGAAACCGACCCAAAAGGCCUCCGACUGCCUCAGCACAAUGGGUUCGUGCACGUGAUGGGUUUUGAUCACUAGGGGGUGCAACAUGUCUUUCUUUGUCUUGAUCUCCGACUUGGAAGUAGGAGCUCGGAUACGCACGAAGUAGCAUUUGCACAGGGGCCAAUGUUUUCUAUGACGGGGCCAAACAUGGCUGCUUUGUCAUUUAGUCAGUCUGAUUUAGAGUAAAAUUGUUAAUUGUGGAAAUUUAAAGCACGCAAACAGAAGAUCCAACACCCAUCAUCAACAUCGUGUAUAAAGUUUAUAGACUUGUGCUAAACUAAUAAGUAGGCCAGUCAGAUUUAACUUUUGACUUUUCGGUAAUGAAGCUAUUUGUGUUUGUUCAGGACUAUUGGGAUAUUGGUAGAAAUUUACACCAGAAGCAUUUGUUUUCUUCCAAAGGCAUUUCUUAAAUUCACAAAAUUCACGUGCUUCCGUUUUCAUCGACACCAUUUCAAUCCACACCGUGAGACUGUAAAAGUAUGAUUCAUUUAAAACACGCGCGCACACAUACGGUUACCCAGUAAUAAUGUAGGAACUGUACUGCCCUGUAUUUGCAGUACAAAGUGUGUGUUUGACAAUAAUGACCCUCGCUCGAUAUUGAGAUAAACCUAAAUAUGCUGUUUCUUCAUACCCCACUAUCUCACGUCACACGGUCAUGACGCUUUUGUGUCAUGUCCAACCUGGAUUCUAGACAGGCAUGUACCAGUGUUCAUUUUUAUAUCAUGAUAAAUCCGUUACAUGAUCCACGAGAUGACUUUUUUUAAAUCUAAUCAAAACACAAACAAGAGCAAUGAUUUUUCCAGAAUUAAAAAUAAAUAAAUAAAUUAUGCCUGCUAAUUAUCUCCGGAAUAAAACACUUCACUUCAGGACGUGCCAUUUCAGGAAAAUAAGCAACCCAUCACACCACCCUGAAAUUGAUUACUUUCCUACAACAGCAUGAAGUGUGUUAUUCCUUUUAUACCACAGGGAUUUGCCAGGAACUGCGUUUUAAUUUAUUAAAGAACACACAGUAGUACUUAUCCGUUUACAGUUGCGUUUAAUGGUGCGGAACGUCCCUGAAAUAAAUUAAUUCCUGUUUUCACUUGUGUUAUAGCAGCUAUAAACGUUCGUUUCAUGGCCAGCCUUGUUUUUGUUUUCUCUCUUCGUUGAAGUUAAUCGGGGGGGGGGACGCAGCUUGUUACUGAGAAACCGGAAAUCUCGCAUCUCUUUACCUCUGAAUGUUAGAAAGAAAACGCAAACCCUGGAGACAAUUUACACGCAUUUUUAAAAUCCCUGUGAAUUAGCGCUUCCUAUAGAAAUGAUGAUGAUGCUUUAAUUUAAAUCAGGUUUAAGAAUUCCAGCACUGUAGUAUAAUUCAUACAGCUGCUUUUAUCAGUACCUGCCUAGCACCAAGAUUCAGAUUGUUGGAAUAGCGUGACUGUGUUCGAACGUAAGGAUGUCACCGCUUUCCCCUAAACCACUUCCUGUUUAAAGAAAAUGAUUAGCUUGCAUAGUAAUCCGAUGCUAGAAUACCAUUUAAUAUGGAGAAAUUAAUGGAGAAUGAGAGCAACUUUGGGAGGAGUGCACACUUGGGGAAAUGUUUCUUUUGAGUGAAAGUGGAUUGGGAGACUUUUACAAAACUCUGAUAAUCCGUAAGUGUGUGUAUGUGCAUGUGUGUUCAUAUAUACUGUGUGUUAUUGUCUGAAGUAGCAGUUUGUAUGCUGUUGUGUGUUUGUUAGAUUGAUCCAGUUUGCACUUUGUUCUGAGGUUUUUGCGUUUCUUUUACCAUUAAUGGAUCAACAGAACAUAUUUUCUUGAUAAAUCUAUUUUGCUUACUGUAUACAGCAUGCCUAUAUUUGGACACCUAUAAAUUUAUACUUUGGGAA